AUGGCCUCUCCACUCACACCAGGCGGUGGCUUCGUCAAUGGAGCCAGCAGCCAAGAAGAAUCUCUAUGCAUGCGCACCACGCUGCUUCCAUCUCUUAAAGACGAAUACUACCGUCUACCGGAACUCGGGGCUAUCUAUACAUCAGACGUUUUGGUAUUCAGAGACGAGGAUUCCAGCGAAGUGCUGGAGAAGAAGGAUCGGUGGUUCGUUGACUGCAUCAGCGCCGCCAUGCUGCGGAACCCCGAAACCGAGCGAGAUGAGACGUCGGGAUUCAGCUACUACGUACAUGAGAAAGACCGCCAGCUCAUCUUGGAGAAGAUGAAAGUGGUUUUACGGGUUUGCCAAAUUAAGGGUAUUAAGAAGAUUAUCCUCGGCGCAUGGGGCUGUGGCGCUUAUGGGAAUCCGGUAGCCGAGGUUGCGAAAGCGUGGAGAAAGACCCUUGUCCCGAGGAACGACACGAAAGGAAAGAAGAGGGGCAACAAGGAGACAUGGGACGGGAUUGAAGAUGUGGUGUUUGCCAUCAAAGACCCCGGUAUGGCUGAUGCUUUCGAAGAAGCCUUUGGCAAGGGGAUUGAGCGAGAUGAGCUGGAUGAGGUUAGCGACGUCGAAGCUAGUGAAGUGGACGCGGAUGAGAGAAACAAAGUGGAGCUUCAGGCCAGGAUCGGCGAGUUGAAGCAGCGUAUUGAGGCGACAUCCAACUUGCAGCUCAAGAAGGGACUUGACUCGAUUCUCAUCGGCCUCAUAAGUCAGCUGCCCCCAGACACUGAAGAGGACAACGGUGGAAACGAAAAAGGUAGCGACGAGGUAGAAGGUGAUAGCGACGAUGAGGAUGAUGAAAUAUGA